AUGUCUACAACGCCACACCAAGAUGAUGAAACAAAUUUCACGAGAUCACCAUAUACGCCAUCUACACGAGCUGGUACACCAAAAGGCCUUUCAGAAUACUCAAAUGCGCCUACUCCCAAAACACCAAAGUCUAGGACAUACAGUCCAGAUGCGAUCCGGAGGGUGACCGAGUAUGCGCCUGAUGCUUCUGUCGCACUCAUUGGUAUGCGCGGGAGUGGCCUGUCCACAUUAGCUGUGUUAGCUUCAAGUACUUUGGGCUUUCGAGUUCUCGAUGCCGACCAAUAUUUCUACAAAGUCACUGGUCUUUCACGAGCAGCUUACAAAGCUGCCCAUGGUAUCUCUAAGUACCGCCAGGAGGAACUACAAUUAAUAAGGACCAUGCUCUUUGACAAUCCAACUGGAGCUAUCAUUGUCUGUGGGCCUGGUGCUGUGGAGGGGAAGGGAAAAGAAUGGCUUACGGAAUUCGCCAAAGAACAUCUCGUCAUCUAUAUCCUGCGUGACGCCGAGGAUAUCCAACGGCAUUUGCGAGUGUUUGAUUUAGAUACCAUCCGAAAUCUCAUCCAUCGUGCAACGCCAGCUUACAGAAGAUUGUCAAACUUUGAGUACUACAACACCUCGGAUACAUCACUACAAAAAUCCGAUACCUCCCCAACCCGUGGAGACUUGUCUCCUUCGGCCCUGGCACUGAAGAAUGUUGAGAAAGACUUCCUCAACCUGAUACAUGGGAUAGUCCGACGAGACGAUUCGUAUGGUAAAUACAAAGCUCGGCACAGCCUGUCGUGUCUACCAUUGAUCUCCCGGAGCUACACAUAUGCGUUGUCAAUACCACUUACAACUCUUACUUCCGUGGUUUCUGAGCUCAGGGAUAUCGAUAUAGAAGCCGACGCUGUUGAGUUUACCAUACCAAUGUCAACUCUUUGCGAGGACGAACAUGGACUCGACGACAUGACAGCAGAUCGUAUCAGCAGGCAGGUAUCUGUUGUCAGGAAGAAUAUCUAUAUUCCUAUCAUUUAUCAUGUGAACUCCUACGACAUGCAACAAGUCAACGUGGAUGAGUAUUUCAGGCUUCUUGACCAUGGACUUAGACUUGGGGCGGAAUAUCUUUGCGUGGAUCUCGCAUUCGACACAGCCAAGAUCCAAACUUUGAUAUCGUCUAGGGGUCAAACAAAGAUCAUUGGUCACUACUCUGCGUCCGAUAAUGGAGAUGAUGGAUGGGACUCUCCAAAACAGUGGGCUAUGGUUCAGCGUGCUCACACUCUUGGCUGUGAUAUCCUGCGUGUUUGCAAGAAGGCGACAUCUCUGGCGGACAAUUUCGCAGCACAACACUUUGUCCACCGUGUCAAGGCCUCCCAACAGUACACAAUACCCAUAAUAGCUUACAACACUGGCCAUCUUGGACGCAUGUCGUGUUACUCGAAUUCGAUUCUCAGUCCGGUAACUCACCUGCUUAUCCGCAACUUAGCACCCGACUGCCCGUCAAACUCUCUCCUCACAGUCAAGGAAGCCCAGAAGGCAACCUUUGCAUCGUUCCUCCUCGAUGACCAGUUCUUUGGUAUCUAUGGAAACAACACAUCGCAGAGUCUAUCGCCAGCUAUGCACGAAGCUGCCUUCAAGCUAUUGGGCAUGCCUCAUCAUUACAACAUCUAUACAAAAGACUCGAUGGAUGAUCUUUUUGAGAUGGUCAAGAACGUAAAGUUUGGGGGAGCCAGUAUCACUGCCCCUUUUAAAACUGCAGUAAUCCCCAGAAUGGACUUUCUGAGCGACGAAGCUAAAGCUAUUGGAGCUGUCAACACCAUGAUAUGUCUGAAAGCUCCAACGAUGGACUCCUUGCUUGACAGAAACACAUCUGGGCCGACUGUAGCCCUUUUCGGCGAAAACACUGAUUGGAUAGGUAUACAUACCUGUGUUCAGCGCAAUCUGUCUCCUAUCAAUGCCGUGAGGCGGCGGACAACAGGCCUGAUAGUAGGUGCUGGCGGAAUGGCCCGAGCAGCUGCCUACGCCUUUCUGCGUCUGGGGAUCAAGGCCAUAGUCGUUUAUAACCGUACCCGUUCAAAAGCGGAAGAGCUCAUCAAGCAAUUCAAAAGUCAAGGAAGCAGCACCAACAGGCACGACGAGGCUAGUUUUCCGGGCUCUGAAAGGACGAGCCAGAGUCCAGACCGCAUGGUAGAUCCAGUGUUCAAGAUACUUGAUUCGAAAAAGGAUAAAUGGCCGGAAGACUUGAGUCUACCAACUAUCAUUGUUUCCUGUAUCGCUACCAAAGAUGUCGACGGGACGUGUUCCGUGGAUACGAGUCUUCCCGAAGAUUGGCUAUCGAGCCCGACUGGUGGCGUUGUAAUCGAGCUUUCAUAUACACCACUUGAAACUCCAUUAUUGCAGCAGGCGAAGCAGUUGGCUGACAGGGGAUGGAUCGCAGUGGAUGGUCUUCAAGUUUUACCAGAGCAGGGAAUGAUGCAGUUCGAGCUUUUUACAACUCGAAGAGCGCCAGCUAAUGUGAUGAGACAAGAGGUGUUCCGAGCAUAUAAUGAGAGAGUCGGGAGGUGA